AUGUCCUGCAUCAGAAUAUUACCAGUUAUAGCACUCUUUUUGAUUCAAUACACGACUCAGUCGGAGUUGGAUCGUGAUGAUGAUGUGUCAAUGAUAGUGGUGAAGCCACCAGCAUUACGAACCAAUGAUUAUGUUACAGUUGAAGAAAUCUAUCCUACUAAAGAGGCACUACGGAGACCUAGAUUUAAAUCAAGAAACAGAAAUAAAUCUAGGAAUAAAAAGGGUGGUCGUCCAUCAAAACCAUCUAAACCAACACGACCACCCCCAAAUACCGAUUCGUUCAUCCCUCCAAUAGAACAGUUCCAAGACAUGGUAGAUUCUAUCAACAAAUCUGACGAAGAGGAGCCGGUGGUUGUUCUCCUAUUCUCCAACAGCGUCUUCGAUCACAUCUCUGGUGGUAAUAUAAAUUUUGAUGGCACCACCGAUAUUAAGGUUGUGAAUGAAUUCAAUCCGAUUACAGACGAACAAAUUAUAAUAAAUGAUGAAAAAAAUACACUAAGAAAGAGAAAAAAAGACCCGUUAGUUCCUAUACUAAUAUUUUCAAACAAAUUCUUUAAUGACAUCAACGGUGGAAAUAUUAUAUUCGAUGGUAAAACUGACAUCAAAAUCACAAAUAACGCAGAAAAAAACGGCAAGGGGAUAAGCACGAGUGGAAAAUACACUAUAGAAGCUGCGAACAUCAGAUAUAAAACUGCCAACGGAAAAUUGCUUCCCACCAAAAUUUCUGUAGUCAUACCAGAUAUAGUAAAUAAAAAAAUUAAAGGAGGCACUAUAUACAUCAACAUGUUGAAGGAUAAAAGACUUGUACAUGACACGUCAGAUGAAGAAGACUGGUAA